AUGUCCCUUCGGCUUUGGUCCGUCGCUGCCGCCGAGUUCACCGUGCGCCAUGCUCUGGGCUCCGAUGGUGAGGCGACACCCUUGAUGUACGCUGCCAAGCACGGCUAUGUGGAGGCGGUUCAGGCGCUCGUGGAGAACCGGGCCCCGCUGGAGCAAGAGGAUGACGAUGGCUUCACAGCACUGAUGUGGGCCGCGAGAUUCGGGCAUCCGCAGGUGGUCGAGACCCUUUUGGAGCAUGGUGCCAGGAUGGAGGCCCAGAGCCCAAGUGGGUGGACUUCACUAAGCUUGGGUGUUUCUUUCGAUCAUCCAGAGGUAGUCCAUGCACUCCUAAGGGCACAUCCCCUCCAUGACCCCUGGGCUUUAGACCCCCACACCGGCGCCCCUCUCUGGACGGAGAUCAGCAACGAGACUCUUCGUGGCUGGUGGCAGGCGCAGAUGAGCGUCUCGAGCCUGGCCAUGCAGAGCGCCCAGUGCUGGGAGACCUACGCCGCGCUUUGCGGCGGCAUUCUUGGAGCGAUGGCUCUCGUGGCGGCCCAGGGUGGUAUCGACAAGUCACUGUGGCAUCGGGGAGUGUACCGCCCUCUCCAUGACCCCCACUCCAUGGCUAUGGAAGACUUCCGGCAAGGAGCCCGGCUAAUUGUGGCCAAAGCGAUUCAACCGAAAGUCCAGGGGGCCAUGCUCAAGUUCUACCGGCUCCUGGAAGUCUGCAGCAAUGUCGUAUUCGUCUUCGGCACGAUGAUGCUGCAGAAGUGGUGGGUCUUCUUUCUACCUGUGACUUUCGUGUCCUUCCUCGGCCCUGCUGUCUUCCAGUGGCCCUUAGCCAAGCUCAGCCGCAGCCCUGCAUUGGCCAUCGCUGUAAGGGGCCCAAGCGGCGCCCUGAUUGCCCUCGUCCGACUGGGAACCCUGCUGGCGCUUUGGGUCUGCAACUGGGCUCCUAUGAACCCCCUCCUUGGGCAAGUCAUGUUGAAGUGGAGCUCGGCGUGGGCUCAGCAAUCCCUGCUUGAAGAGUUUCCUGUCGACGAGCAGAACUUGACUGGUGUACAGGACGACCUCUCCUCCCUGCAUCUCAACGUCACGGCCGCGCGCACGGCGCGACUUUAG